CAAAGCCCCAAAGCCCUCGGUUAAUGUGAGGAAGCUAGAACUGGUUUAGUUGGCUCUGUUGCUAAACAACACGGCUUCACUCACUGUAAACAGUUCACCCCUGUGUAGUUUGUCUUUACUAGUGUCACCGCAGCCUAGUUUAUUUAAGCUGAAUUUAAAAUCAUCAGAGCUACUUUAACAAGGACAGUGACAUCAUUUAACAUCAGAACGACCCGCUACAUCAUGACAGUCAGGAAUUUCCCUUUUCUAGUGGAAAACUGGGCUCAGAGGCCACAAAGUGCCCUUAUCUUACCUGAGGGCGGAAAUCAGACCGGGGACGCAGAGGGGGAAACGGUGCCUCCGAUCCCUGCUCGACAACUUCUGCCUAGCCUGCCCUCCCGCCUCUCGCCCACCGUAACAGCUCACCCGCUUACCCCUACUGCCUGAUGGACCUGGAGCCAAACCAGUCGGGCCCGAUCCGCCCAAAAGGAAUCAAAUGAUGAAGAGCUUUGAAGGACACGCCCUUCCGGGCUCUUACUUCCUAGGACUUGGACUCCUGUGGUGUGUGAAACACCCCAUCAAGCACUUCAUGCAAAAAGAGAACAAAAUCUUCAGCGCCAAUAAGUAUUUUCAGUGUCUGGAGGUCCUUGAAGCAGUGGCCAAGACCUCCCUUUCUCUAAUAGGAUUUUUUGCUGGGCAGUUCAUUCCUGGGGGACCCUGCUUGCAUCUCUACAACAAAAACGGUAACAGCUGGGUGAAUCUGUUAGCCUGGACGCAUGGAACCAUGUACCUUGCCUACGGCCUCUCUGGCAUAGCGGAAGUACUCAGCGCUCUCCACCUCAAGGUACUGCCUGGGCUGGACCACUUCAUGCUCUCCCAAGCUAUGUUCAUUCAAGGUCUGCUCUUCUAUUUUCACGGCCACGACCGCCUUGCUCUGGAUCAGCACGUCCACUUGUUGAUGCUCCUUCCCAUAUUCGGUGGUGCCUUCUGCUCUCUCUUUGAAGUGUUCUUGCGAAACCGCCCGAUCCUGGAGCUCUUAAAGACCAGCAUGUUUCUGCUGCAAGGAUCCUGGUUCUGGCAGAUUGGAUUUGUUCUGUACCCACCAUGGGGUGGGCCAGGCUGGGACCAGUCUGAUCAUGAAAACAUCAUGUUCAUUACCAUGUGCUUCUGCUGGCAUUAUAUGGCGAUUCUGCUCCUUGUCACCCUCAGCUAUCCCACCACUUACUGGUGCAUUAAAAUAUGGAAGAAGUGUAUCAGACUCCAAGAUACCGAGAGACUGAAGUUUGUUAGAAGUUCCUACACUCUGCUCUUAAGAGCAACAGACCAGGAAGGAGAUGGCUCCAAGCAGCCCUUUCUUCAUUCCUAGAAUCCAGAUGGAUUAUUAAGAAAAUGAAAGGAUUUUUC